AACAGGAUCCGAGUUGCUGCUUUCCAUACCCUGGAUGCAGAAUGAUCAGUCCGUGGGACAGCACCCUGGGAAGGAGCAAAUAGUUAUCGUUGUGGUUCCUCUGCUGCUCUCAGCACAAACUGGCUUCGAUUUAAGCUAUUUUGACCGGAAGAUUUAUUCACCCCAUUUAUUGCAAAAAGUGGAUGACUAAAUGAAGAAAACCAAUGUAUCAGGAAAUGGCAUUACUAGCAGGGCAAGCCGAAUCCGACUUUACCUCUUUCAGAUUCAAAAACUUGGAUAAAUUAUGUGAAGUGCGGACCAGAAAAGGGGUGUUCUACAAAACAGCUAAGCUCAUCCAUCCAGGUGAUGAUCGAUGCUAUAGGGGGCAGCUGGAAGAUAGAACAAGGCAUGUUAUUAUUAAUGUUGGGGGAAUAAAGUAUAGGAUCCCAUGGACAACUUUGGAAGACUGCCCUUUGGCACGACUUGGGAAACUUAAGGAGUGUAACAACUAUGAUGAAAUAAUGGACAUCUGUGAUGACUAUGAUACAAACUGCAAUGAGUUCUUCUUUGACCGCAACCCAUGUGCCUUUAGGACGAUCAUGACUUUCUUGGCAGCUGGGAAGUUGAGAAUACUGCGUGAAAUGUGUGCACUGUCUUUUCAAGAAGAGCUGAUUUACUGGGGUAUUGAAGAGGAGCAGCUGGAAUGGUGUUGUUUAAGGAAGCUGCAACAGAAGGAAGAGGAGUUGGCCGAAGCCAAAAUGUAUGAAGGAGAAUUUGGACUUUCAAAAGAAAAUUCACAAAGUGCCUUGGAAGACAGUGGUCGCUUUGCCCAGUGCAUGAAACAUCUCAGGGAUAUGGUGGAAAACCCUCACUCAGGCAUUCCGGGGAAGAUUUUUGCCUGUCUCUCUGUUUCCUUUGUAGCCAUCACAGCAGUCAGCCUCUGUAUCAGCACCAUGCCAGAUUUUAGAGAAGAGGAAGAACGAGGUGAAUGUUCUCAGAAGUGCCACGACAUCUUUAUAUUAGAGACAGUUUGUGUGGCUUGGUUUUCCUUGGAGUUCAUACUACGAUUCAUCCAAGCUGAAAGCAAAUGUGCGUUCUUAAGAACCCCUUUGAACAUUAUAGACAUGAUGGCCAUAUUGCCUUACUAUAUCACUGUGAUAGUGGAUGCUGUUUCUGUUGAAAAAACAGGAGUAGGUGGAAACAGCUACCUGGAAAAAGUGGGCCUUGUCUUGCGUGUACUUCGAGCUCUGCGUAUCUUGUAUGUCAUGAGGUUGGCAAGACACUCCUUGGGUUUGCAGACAUUAGGCCUCACGGUCAGGAGAUGUACCAGAGAAUUUGGCCUCCUUCUCCUUUUCUUGUGUGUCGCAAUGGCUCUGUUUUCUCCUCUUGUUUACUUAGCAGAAAGUGAACUAGGAGCCAAGCAGGAAUUUACAAGUAUCCCUGGGAGUUACUGGUGGGCAGUAAUCUCCAUGACUACAGUUGGUUAUGGAGACAUGGUUCCUCGAAGUAUUCCAGGACAAGUGGUUGCCUUGAGCAGUAUAUUGAGUGGGAUCCUGCUUAUGGCUUUUCCAGUCACGUCUAUCUUUCAUACUUUCUCACGUUCCUAUACAGAACUGAAAGAGCAACAACAAAGAGCUAGCAGACAGCUACACAGAAUGGAGGAAAGAGAGCAGUGCACAGGAAUUACAUCUUAGGAACGCACAACAAGUGUAUAUACACCCCAGGGACUUGGGAUUUUGCUGCAGUGUGUGUCACAGAAUCAAGUCUGAGAGUUUUCAUAUGUUAUGGUUAUGCUUAAAUCAGUAAUUAUACUGCAAUUAUUCGCACACUAUUUGACAGUCCUGUUUUAGAUAACUUUACAUUUUAUAUCUUCUAAAAUAACUCUUACCAUAUUAUUUGUUCAUUGAUUAUAAACUAGUAGAAA